AGUCUUCAGUGGUCUUCAUCUAAAUAUCGGGAUUGGCUUUGCUCUUGAUGAAACCAUGGAAAAAGCUGAAAGCAUGAAAAUCCAUUGUUCUUUACUUUCUCUUGUUCUUGUUUUCCAGUUCUUAUCGCUUGGGCUUACCUCUUCAGCUUAUACUCUCCCAGAUAAGUUCUUCAUCAACUGUGGUUCGAACAAAAACAUAAACACCACAGGUCGUCAAUUCACUGGGGACUUGAAUUCAAUUUCCUUCUUUCCAAAGCAGAGUGAAAUUGUUACAGCAAAUAAUCAGGCAGAAGAUUCAUUAACUCUUUAUCGAACAGCCAGAGUUUUCAAGCAACCAUCUUGCUAUGAAUUUGAGAUCAACAAUUACACAGUUUAUGUGGUACGCCUUCAUUUUUUUGCUUUCUCCUCUUCAACCAAUCUCUCCACCGCUGUUUUCAAUGUUUUGACUUCGACUUCUGAGUUUUUGCUUUUGGAGAAUUUUACUGUCGAGGAAACUAGCCAUCCUCCGGUUGUAAAAGAAUUCCUUCUUAGCAUCACUACAGGAAAAUUCAGGAUUUACUUUAUUCCUCAAGUUUCCUCUUUCGCGUUUGUUAAUGCCAUAGAAGUCUUCCCUGGCCCUGAAAAUUUUAUCCCUGAUGAAGCUCCACAUAUUAGCCCUUCAGGAAACAAGGAUACUUCCAAGGGUUUACUUUCAAAGCUUUUACACCCAAUUUAUAGGAUCAAUGUUGGAGGCUCUACAAUUACGCAAGAAAAUGAUACUCUAUGGAGGAACUGGCAGCCGGAUGAUAGUUAUUUGCUCAACCCAGAUGUUGUUAAGAGCCAAUCUUAUUCUGUUAAGCCUAACUAUCUUGGUGACGUUAAUGAAUAUAUUGCCCCGGAUUUUGUCUACCAAACGGCCCAAGUGUUGGCUAAUAGCUCUUCUAGUGACUCCAAUUCCAACGUAACUUGGUCUUUUAAUGUGAGUAAGAAUGCUAGGCACUUCGUUCGGCUUCACUUCUGUGAUAUUGUCAGUCCAUCGCCGAAUGUUACGCGCUUUAAUCUGUAUGUUGAUCGCAACUUCAGUAAGAAAAUUGCACCUUAUGAUAUAGUUAGCCAGUUGGCAGCUCCAUUUUACUUGGAUUUUGAGGUUGAUUCUGAUUAUUCUGGAAGUAUGAAUGUUAGUGUAGGGCUUAACACUGAUAGUGAUUGGCGAACUGCCUUUCUGAAUGGACUGGAGAUAAUGGAGUUACUUGAGAAAUCGGGUUCGAUUCCAAAGAUCAGUGAACCCAAGAAAGAUAUUGUGUUGGUUGUGGUUGGCUCUGUUCUUGGAGGUUUAGCUUUUAUAGGCAUUUUGGCAGUGGUGAUAUUCUGGGGUUUGAAUUGCAGGAAGCCAAAAUCUGCUCAACCGUUGGAGUGGUCUCCAUUACAUGUUUAUGGAGCUGGAAGUUCUCAAGGUAAGGUGCCUGAGGGAACCAUCAUUGGCUCUCCCAUACCUUCCUUAAACCUUGAUUUGAAAAUCCCUUUUGCUGAAAUUCUGUAUGCCACAAACAACUUCAACGGCAAGUUAGUAAUUGGUAAGGGGGGAUUUGGGUAUGUCUAUAAAGGAACUUUAAGGAAUGGCCUUAAAGUUGCUGUAAAACGAAGUGAUCCUGGAUCAGGCCAAGGUCUUUCUGAAUUUCAAACAGAAAUAAUGGUCUUGUCAAAAAUUCGCCAUCGGCAUCUUGUUUCUUUGAUUGGGUACUGUGAUGAAAGAAACGAGAUGAUACUAGUUUAUGAAUUCAUGGAAAAAGGGACUGUAAGGGAUCAUUUAUACAACUCAAAGUUUCCCAGUUUGUCUUGGAAGCAAAGGCUUGAAAUAUGCAUUGGUGCAGCAAGAGGACUUCACUAUCUCCACAAAGGCUCAGCAAGGGGAAUCAUUCACCGAGAUGUUAAGUCCACAAACAUCUUGCUGGAUGAAAACCAUGUUGCUAAAGUUGCCGACUUUGGCCUUUCAAGGUUGGGUCCUUCUGAUCAAACCCAUGUUAGCACAGCAGUAAAAGGCACUUUUGGCUAUCUAGAUCCUGAGUACUUCAGAUCCCAACAAAUAACAGAAAAAUCUGAUGUUUACUCAUUUGGGGUUGUUCUUCUUGAGGUACUAUGUGCAAGACCAGUCAUUAAUCCCUCACUCACAAGAGACGAAGUCAACCUAGCUGAAUGGGCAAUGCUUUGCAAGAACAAAGGGGUUAUUGAAGAGAUUGUAGAUCCUUUGUUAAAGGGUCAAAUUGCUCCAAAUUCAUUGAGAAAAUUUAUAGAGACAGCAGAGAAAUGUUUGCAGGAAGAUGGAGUUGACAGGCCUACAAUGGGUGAUGUGUUGUGGGACUUGGAGUAUGCAUUGCAGUUUCAAAGAACAGCAACGGGGGAACCCCAUCAGGAUUCAACAACAAAUUUUGCAUCUGAGUUAAUAUUGCCUGAUGUCAAGCGUUUCCCUUCAUUUAGCCAGUCCAUCAAUGAAAUGCCCAAUUUGACACAGGAUAGCUUUAUCUCAUCAGAGGAUGCGGUUUUCUCCCAAUUGAAUAUUGAGAAUGCAAGGUAAAUUAGUUUAGUUUCUUAGCCUUUGUAGUUAUAUAUGUAGAUAGAACUGGAAAAACUUGCCACUGCUUUAUAUUACGUAUUCUUCUGGAUGUAUUGCAAUAACAUAAAUGUAUGAAGAACAAAAGUACUAUGGAUUAGUCUUUAUUAUACAUCAAACACUGCUUUUCA